UGUUUAUUCAGUGUUUAUAGAGAAAUCGAUUAAGAAACACCACGUAUGAGAAUAACCGGGCAGAUAAAACAAGUAAACGUUAACAAUUACAAAACAAUCCAAACCGGUUAAAAUAAAAGCUAAGCUGUACAGAGGUCAGCUCAAUCAUGAAAAUUGCCGAUUUGCUCAACAAAUUUCUGUGCCGUGAUCAAGUGCAAAUUUUGUGCUUCGAAGGUGGUUCCAUGUUUGAGUUUGCCUUCUGGAGUUUGGCCUCUUUGCUAUCAGUGUGGGCUUUUUACAAGUGGCGCGAGGGUCCCUCUUACCGCAAAACUAAUCGCAUAGAUGGCAAGGUGGUUAUUGUCACCGGCAGCAAUACCGGCAUAGGCAAAGAGAUUGCCUUGGAAUUGGCCAAACGUGGUGGCCGAGUUUACCUGGCCUGCCGUGAUUUCCAGAAAUGUGAAAAAGCUCGCCAAGAAAUCAUUCAGCUAACGGGUAACAAAAACAUUUUUAAUCGCACCUUGGACUUGGCCUCUUUACAAUCGGUGCGUGAGUUUGCUGCCAAAUUUAAUCAGGAGGAAAAUCGUUUGGAUAUUCUUAUCAAUAAUGCUGGCAUUAUGGCCACACCACGCAAACUAACCGUCGAUGGUUAUGAGCAGCAGUUUGCGGUAAAUCAUUUGGGUCACUUUUUACUCACCAAUUUGCUGUUGGACAAGUUAAAAGCCUCGGCUCCCAGUCGUAUAGUAGUCCUUAGCUCUUUGGCUCAUAUCUUUGGUCGCAUACAAAAGGAGGAUAUUAACAGUGAGAAGAGCUAUAAUCCUUUUACAGCCUAUGGCCAAAGUAAAUUGGCCAAUAUUUUAUUUACCAGAAAAUUGGCAAAAAUGCUCAAGGACUCAAAUGCCCAAGUCGAUGUGAAUUGUUUACACCCGGGCUCAGUGCAAAGUGAAUUGACACGCAAUAAUAUAUUAUUGAAGGUGGGCAGUGCCUUGGGCUCUAAAUUGGUGUUACGCUCCACCAAGGGUGGAGCCCAAACAGCUUUGUAUUUGGCUUUGGAUCCUGAAUUGGAAGGUGUUUCAGGAGGUUAUUAUGAUCGCAUGACUAGGCCACGCAUAGCGAAGAAGGCACGAGAUGAUGAAAUGGCCGACUGGUUGUGGAAGAAGAGUGAAGAAAUGGUAGCAUUGAAGAAAAAGAAUUGAAGAGUAUGAAAAUUCUAGUCUAUACAAGCUAUAAAUAAUUGUAAAUACCUACAUAACAAAAAUUUUUAUUAAAAAAUAAAACAAAAUUCUAAAAAAUUUUUAAA